CCAUGUCCACUUACUGUCAAUGAUGUCAGCAUAUUAUGCUAGAAAUUAAUUAUUCUUAUGUACAAAUGUGUCAAUUAAAAGAAAGAGAAAUUAUAUAGAUUGGAGCAGGUGGCACCUAGUAUCCAAUUCAUUCAUAAACUUUAUGAUAAAGAAGAUUGCUGUUUAUCGACCAAUCAAGACUCAUCUCUCAAAUAAACCAACGCGAACGAUACGACAUCUGGCGGGUGAAGAAGUCGAAGUUCCAGUUGUGCUCCAUCCCAAGCAGUUUUGUGAAGUGAAGGCCGAAUAUAUUUUAAGUUAGAGGCGUUAAGAUUAAAAGAAAACAUCAUGGUUGCUAAUGCUAUUUGUGGCUUAAUAGGUCGUGUAAUUACCAGAACAUCACCAAGAAUUACAGUUCAAUCCUUAGCUGGAGUAGUGUCCAGUAGAAAUAUAUCGGAGAAAGCAAGAUAUACAAUGUCUUAUGAAACACUUGACAUUACAUCCCCUCAUGAACGAAUUCUCCAUGUUCAAUUGAAUCGACCUGACAAGCUGAAUGCAAUGAAUAAGGUCUUCUGGAGGGAGAUUCUGGACUGUUUCAGAGAAAUCUCUGAUGACACAGACAUCAGGGUUGUGAUCUUAUCAGGAGCAGGAAGAAUGUUUUCAGCAGGAUUGGACAUUGGAGAUAUGACAGAUUUAAUAACAUCACAGGUUACAAAAAAAUCAGAUGUAGCCAGGAGAGCCAAGUACUUACAGUCUCUAAUUGCUCUGUACCAGGAAUCUUUUAAUGCUCUGGAAAAGUGCCAAAAGCCUGUGAUUUCAGCUAUUCAUGGUGGAUGUAUUGGAAGUGGUGUGGAUCUUAUUGCGGCAUGUGAUGUUCGAUACUGUACUCAAGAUGCUUGGUUUCAAGUGAAGGAAGUUGACUUGGGAUUUGCUCCAGACUUGGGAACACUCCAAAGAGUUCCUAAAGCUAUAGGAAACAACAGUAUGUUGAGAGAAAUGGUUUAUACAGCAAGAAAGGUGGAAGGUUUUGAAGCUAAAGAAAUGGGUUUGAUCAGCCGGGUUUUUCCCAACAAGGAAGCUAUGAUGUCAGAGGUUGACAGGUUGGCAGAGUCUAUUGCUUCUAAGAGUCCAGUGGCUGUUCAGGGCUGUAAGGUGGCUCUCAACUAUUCACGAGACCACACCAUCAGUGAAGGAUUGAAGUUUAUGCAAUGUUGGAAUAUGACGAUGCUUCAAAGUGAGGAUGUCAUCAAGGGCUCGGAAGCUGUUGCCACAAAAGCAGAAAAACCACCACAUUUCUCUAAACUCUGAUAGGGUAUAAGAUCAGCCACAAAAUAACUCUGAAAUUCAUUUGUGUUUUGUCAGGAAAGAUCCAAGCAUUUUAUUUAGUUGCUUUUUUAGAAAGACAUCUUACUGCAUUUUUAGUAUAAUAUAUUUAAAGUACUAUUGUUUAAAUUUUAGAUUAAUAUUUCUAUAUUCCCGGUGCACUAAAAGCUUAUUUGUACACUGUUUAAUUUUAGGUUUUUGUUUUGUUUAGGUUUUAAGUGGUAAAAGUGAUUUUUAUAUGUUUCUGGAAGCCUUAUCCUUAAAAGUUCUUGCUAUGAUUAAUUUGUUUCAUGAUAGGUGUAGGUAGGACUUUUUUUAGAAUUUUUUUUAGUUACAAAAAAUUCAGUGUAAUUAUAAGUAGGUUUGUGUACUUUAAUAUAAUGAUUAAUGUAAAAUAUAAGGAUAAAUAAAAUACUGUUUGUUAUUGUAA